AUGUUGCUUUUUGCUACGGUUUCUUUCUUCCUGGGACAACCAACGAUAUCGCACGCGGAGUUUUCGCAAGAGCAAGCCUUGGCUGCUGAUGUUUGGUCGGUGGUGGACGCAACGUUCGUUGAUCGAACUUUCAACAACCAUGACUGGAUGAAACUCAGACAGAACGUGGUCAAGCGCGAGUACUCGGACAGGCAGCAAGUGUAUGAUGCCAUAUCCAAGGACCUCCUAGAGCCCCUAGGAGACAAGUACACCCGUUUCAUUGACCCUGUCAAGUUCGAGGCUCUCAAGAACUCGAUUGUCUCCGGCAUCGGCGUCACUCUCUCUCUCGACAAACAGAACAAGCUCGUCAAGAUUGUUGAUGUCUUGGACGCAUCGCCCGCGGCUGAGGCCGGCUUGAAGCGAGGAAGUCUAGUGGUGCAGGUCAACGGAAUCCCAACAGAUGAUGGCAAGAGCACCCCGGACGACGUCGCUGCUCUCCUACGAGGACCAACAGCAACCAAAGCGAAGCUGAAGCUCAGGUUGCCAGGCAGUCAGGAGGAGACGGAAGUCACGCUUGAGCGUCGAAAGGUGGCAGUGAAACCAGUAACAGGAGGAAUGAACGGCAAGACGAGUUUGCUCGUCAGCUACAUCAAGAUCAAGCAGUUCGACACUCAGACAGCUGAGCUUGUCAAGGAUGUCAUGCAGAAGAAUCUUGCGGCUGGUGCCACCUGCCACGUCCUGGACCUCCGGGACAACGCGGGAGGAUACUUCAGGGCUGGGGUUGACACCGCCGCUCUGUUUCUACCUGCCGGGAAGCCCAUUGUGUACGUUGUCAACAAGGACGGGCUUCAAGAUUCCUUCUCGAGCUCAGCCGACGGGCUAGACACCCGCAACCCCUUGUUCCUGCUCGUCAACGGGAAUACUGCCUCUGCGUCUGAGAUCGUGACCGGUGCUCUCAAGGAUCUCGGGCGAGCCAAGGUUUUGGGUGAGAAAACGUUCGGCAAAGGAGUGGUCCAGACGGUCACUCCUCUCUUCGACGGUAGCGCAGUCGCCAGCACCAUCGCCCGCUACGAGACCCCGAACCACGAGGACAUCAACAAGAAAGGAAUCGAGGUGGACGGCACGGAGAAAGACCUCGCAUGCCCUGAUCCGUAA